AUGAUUUCAUUAGCAUCAUUAUCUCUUUCCCACUCAAACCCAUUGCACAAUCCUUCAAGCAAACCCAAUUCAUUUCCACUUUCUGGGUACGUCAAAAUUCUACAUUUAUCGCCUUCAACCACAGAAAACCCUCAAAAGAAGAGCAAGAAUACCCACAAGCGUAGUCUAAUCGUGGUGGCGGUCACUGAAGGUUCUGCGAAGAAUUCAAGCAAGUCCAAAGAAGAAGAACAAUCAACCCCUUCAUGGGCUGCGCCAGAUUCAGAAGAACCACCACCAUGGGCUCGCGAUGAAGCUCAGAAGAGUUCAUCUGGCUUUGAGAUUCCAUUCUUUGUCUACUUACUUGCAUCUGCUAUCACUGCAAUUGCCGCGAUUGGUUCUAUUUUUGAGUAUGUGAAUCAACGGCCUGUUUUUGGAGUUCUGAAUUCAGAUAGUGUGUUUUAUGCUCCAUUGCUCGGAUUCUUUGCGUUUACUGGCAUCCCCACUUCUGUGACUUUGCAUCUACUUAGAAUUGGAUUGACAAACUGUGUUAAGAAUUGUAUUUGUUGCUCUAGCUAUGGUAUAUGGGGUUAAAUAUUCCAGGAUGAUUCGUUUAGUCUGAGUAUGCCAAAGUAGAGGAAGAUGUGGGGUUAUUAAUGUCUACAUAAAGAAAGAAAGAAAAAAUAGUUUGAUCCUGGAUCCUGGUUUGGGCUGACCUGAAUGUUAAAUACAGGCAUUCCUGUGGUUCAAAUCAGUUCAAGCUGCCAACAAGGAGGCUGAAGAACAAGACAGGAGAGAUGGCUAUCGCUAGAUUCAUACAUAAACCCUUUUCUGGGCUAAUUUAAGUACCUUGUACAAACAAUGUCUUGUUGAAUUUGAUUCUAUACCAUCUAUUUUUCCCAUAUUUCUUCUUUUCUUUUCUCAUUUUAUUUCUCAGCUUACUAAUUAUACCUUUGAUUGUGUAUAUUUACAAGGGUGAAUUGCUUUUUGCUGCCAUUGUUUUUCUACGUUGUGGACAACCUCCUUGGGUUUCAAUAACAUAUACAGAGAAGUUAUGGACAAAAGGGCACAGGUCACCAGGCAAAAUGAAAAGAUAACAAUGUCCUUCAUAAUUUUUAGUUUCCUCUUUAAUUCUCUCCCUAGAAUAGAUCCAUCUUUCUCAGGAUGCAUAAUUUCCAGAAAAAAAUUAAUAAAGCAACUUUUCCGUAGGAAAAAGUAUGAAAAUCUUUUGUAGGCUAUAUAUCUCAUUAUUCCAAUUAGAAAGGUGAUUUUGGAUUUAGGCCCUUACUUAAAUGGCAAAAUUACUGUUUGUACUCUAAUCAGUGACUCCCAAGGAUUUAAGUGCAUAAUUCUGAAACACGAGGGGUGUAAUGUACAACUCAACCAACAAUAGGAGGCAAAAUACAGUUUGUCCUAUAAUUGCAUUCUUUUCCAUUUGCAUGCUACCAUGAGAAAAGAUUAUGAUAAUUUUGGUGAUGGCAUCACGGUUUUCAUUCAAGUGAGAAAUAGAAGAGACUGCGAUGAUCCGAUUUCACCACUUCAGAUGCAUGUUUGAUAGUUUAUUAUUUCCUGAUUUGAAGUUUCUUAACUGUUAUUCCUUGUGACCAAAACAAGGGAAAGAGGUAUAGAGGGAGAAAGGGAGGGUGUUGUUUAUCCCACAGCAUGGUACAUCAUCCCAGUAAUUUUACAAAUAAGGUGAGUUGCCCAAAAAUGGAAUUGUU